GGGUUUAAAAUCCACUCCCCCCACGUUGUCCUUACUGGAGAGGUUAAUCCACUCCCCCACGUUGUCCUUACUGGAGAGCUUAACUUAUCAAAAGCUCUCUAAACAACACUUAACUUUUCACAACUAAACUAUAAAAGCUGAUUUUCAAGAGUGUAUUAAGCUAUCUUUUGAACAAUUAAUUCUCAAGAUCUAAAUCUCUUCAAGCAGCCAAGUAAUAGUGUCCUUCCCAUAAUCCCAUUUGCUAGCUUACACUCCUACAGUGAAGCAGCUGUGUGUCCUUCACAUUUGCUAGCCUGGGCUUCCCAAGCUCGAUCGAUCGAGCAUGGAGGCCACCACAACCACUGGCUUGCUCGCGCGCCCAGUCACCGCGCGGCUCUCCGCCGCUUGCCUCCUCCCCGUCGACGGCAGCGCCGGCGCCCGCCGCCGUGCCCGUGUGGCCGUCGCGGCCGCGGCAGGCAGAAGCAGCAACAGCAGCAGCUACGUGGUGGUGCCGCUGGACGCGGCGCCGUCGGGGAUCACGCGGCCGCUGGUGGAGAUCCUGCGCGACCUCAACAAGCGCGUCCCCGACUCCGUCGUCCGCUCCUCCCGCCGCGCGUCGCCCUCCGGCUCCGAUCCAGUCAUCCCCUGGUACCAUGUCAACAGGAUGCUAAGCUUUUAUGCUCCAGGUUGGUAUGGAGAGGUCCGCGACAUUAUUUACACUAACGGAAAAGUGACAGUGAUAUAUCGUGUCACAGUGCGAGGAACAGAUGGAGAGGUUCACAGGGAGGCAACUGGAACAACUUUGCUGAAUGAUGCACGGUUUGAUGACCCCGUGGCUGCUGCAGAAGAGGCCGCAUUCUUCAAGGCCUGCGCAAGGUUUGGUUUUGGUCUGUAUCUUUACCACGAAGACGAUACUCCGUAGAGAACUGCACUGCAUCCACUUCAUCAGCUCUGCUUGGGUUCUCACCUGUCACCUGAUUUGGGUUCAUAAUGGUUGUGCAAACAAUUGUGAUCCAUCAGUCUGUAGUACCAAGGUGUUAAACAAUCAUACAUAAUGGAUUUCUCUUUAUUUUCUGAACCUACAUUUCUUGUACUAGAAAUGAGUCAACGAGUCUCUGCCUGUCUCUUCUUUCUUUUUUGAUACUGUAGAUAUGAGGCAUUAAAACUGUCCACAAUUGUUUUUCUGAUUACAUAUAAAGAGCAAGUACACAAAUACCGUGCAAGAGAUGGAGGCCAGAAUAA